CCCCCUCACCGUCCGCCUGGGCCGCCCCUCCCACCGCCAGGUGCGCCCAGGUGAGGCGGCGCCCGGCCCCGCCCCCUCGCCGCCGCCAGGUGAGGCCUCACCUGCGCCAGGUGAGCAGCGGCGGCAGGUGCGGCCCUUCCGCUUCCCCGGCUACAACGAGAGCUCCAAGGACGGCGACCUGAUGCUGCUGCGGCUGCAGGUGCCGGCGCACCUGGGCCGCCAGGUGAGGCCGCUGCCGCUGGCGCGCACCUGCGCCGCGCCCGGCACCGCCUGCCAGAUCUCCGGCUGGGGCUCCACCACCAGCCCCGAAGUGACGUUCCCGCAGGAGCUGCGCUGCAGCCAGGUGCGCAUCGUACCUGAGCUCACCUGCCGCCGCAUCUACCCCGACUCCAUCACCCCCAACAUGGUCUGCGCCGGGGAGCCCCGGAGCCGGGCCGACACCUGCCAGGGCGACUCCGGGGGGCCCCUGGUGUGCGAGGGGCGCCUGCAGGGCAUCACCUCCUGGGGGCCAGGGGUCUGCGGGGACCCCCGAAAGCCGGGGGUGUACGUCAACCUGUGCCGCUACAGCCGCUGGCUGCAGGACACCAUGGCCCACAACUGACCCAAAACCGGCCGGAUUCGCCCCAAAAUCGCCUGGAUUCGCCCCAAAAACGGCCAAAAUCGGCUGCAUUCGCCCCAAAAUCGCCUGGAUUCGCCCCAAAAUCGGCCGGAUUCGCCCCAAAACUGGCCGGAUUCGCCCCAGAAACAGCUGGAUUCACCCCAAAAACGGCCAAAAUCGGCCGGAUUCGCCCCAAAAUCAGCUGGAUUUGCCCCAAAAUCGGCCGGA